AUGGCUUGGCCAGGAAACUUCAACUGGAACAUGCAAGACAAUACUGGCGCUGGCGUCGACCGCGCUCCCCCUGCCCCCUUCGGACCUCCUUUCACCAACCCCGAGUUCUGGCAGCGCUGGGCCCAGUCUCGUGGCUGGGAGGACUGGAACUCCGAGCCUUGGGGCCCUGGCCCUCAUGGCCGUCACGGCCACGGGUUUGGACGCAGAGGCAGAGGACAUGGACCUCGCGGUGGACCUGGUGGACCUGGUGGACGACACCGCCGUGGCGGUUCGGACGACCACACUCCCGAGGGUUCUGACAACGAGGCGUUCCCUCCCGAGUACAUCACCGAUGACGAGGUUGCGGCUGCCGUAGCAGAGGGCGAGAAGAACAAUGAGAAGGAGAAAGACAGGGCCGAGAUGGACGUGGACAGCCCCGAUACGAUGGCGAGAGACGAGCCAGGCGCGGACGAUCCGCCCGAGGAGGUCCCAGAUGAGACCCCUGGCCGACGACAGCGAGGCUGCGGCCACCGAGGACGUCGUGGCCGUGGGGGAUUCGGUGCCCACGACCACCAUCACCGCGGCUCCCGCCACCGCGGCCCACCAGGUCCGCCCCCAUUCUUCGGCGGCUUCUUCGGCGGUCCACAGGGUCCUCACGGCCCUCCACCUCCCUUCCCGCCGUUCCUCGCUGGACUCUUCGGGCCCGGUCCUCACGGUCCGGGACCCCAUGGGCAUCCUCACCACCCCCCACCCCCGCCGCCGCCACCUCACGGGCCACAGCCUCCCCAUGGCCGCGAGGGCCCAGGAGCAGGGUUCGACUUUGGCCCGUGGGCGGCCGCAGUGGCGGGCCACCCGUUCGCGCAGCGCAUGCGUGAGUUCCUCGAGCGCGCACAGGGCGCCAACGACAACAACAACAGGACACGUGGGGCGGGCGAGGAAGCUGACGAUAGCUCCUUCACGCCGCCCGUGGACCUGUUCGAGCAGCCUGACAGGUGGGUUCUGCACUUUGCGGUGCCGGGCGCCAGGAAGGAGGACGUAGGCGUCAACUGGGAUGCGGAUCGAUCGGUGCUGUCUGUCAGCGGCGUCGUCCACCGCCCCGGCGACGAGGACUUCAUAAAGGGCCUGAUCAACGGGGAGAGGAGCGUCGGGCUGUUCUCACGCGACGUGGGACUCCCGCCGGCGGGCCAGGACAGGGGCGACAGCAAGGAGGAGGUCAAUGCCGAGGGCAUUGUUGCCAAGAUGGAGGACGGCAUCUUGGUUGUCACUGUGCCCAAGGUGGAGCGUGGGUGGACUGAGGUCCGGAAGGUUGAUAUUGCCUAG